AUGGAUUACGACGAUAUUGAACGGUACUAUAUCGGACGUAUUGUGGGUUCAGUUGUCGGCGCCGUGGUAGGACUGGCAAUCUUGAUCAUCAUCGCUGUCUGCGUACGCAGACGUCAAAAGAAGGAGCUACAACAACAGCAGCAACAGCAACAGCAACAGCAAAUAUACUAUCAGCCUUAUCUACCGGGACAACUACCACCGCCUCCUCCUGCUGAUGCAACUCAACAAAUGGUUGCCAUCCCAAUCCCUCCAGGAAGUGCACAGCUACCUCAACAACCUCCUCAACCAGGCUAUUACUAUGCUGUGUUGCAGCCAGCACAGCAAGCAAUGCCAGCAGCACCGGAGGUAGCACCCAGUAGUAAUACUAGUGCUCCGUAUCAUUUUGCUGCUGAUCCUUCGUUAUCGCCACCAACACCACCGCUGGCCACUACAGCAGUAGCUGGAUCAGAUAGUCCAGGCAGUACAAAGGAACAAUAUUAUUUGUAUAUCAGGAAAACUACGUGGCGCAGCGUUGACAUCUUUUCCACCUUUGGUGUCAGACGUAAUUGCACGCAGUAUGCAUGUACUAUGAGCGUAUGCCUUUCCAGCUGCAUACAUCGCCACAUUUUCAUUAACCAUGCCUUGAUGUCUUGA